CUCCCUCUCUCUCUUUUGUGGGUCUGCCCAACCUCUUCUACCUUCCAACACACCUUCUUCUCGCUUUAAAACCUUCCAUUGUCCAGCAUUUUCAGUUCCUCUUUCAAUAUCGUUUUGUAAAGCGCCACAAUGGAAAGCCAUGAAUUCUCAAUUCCAUCAACACCGCCACCAUUGCCUCCGCUUAACCCUAAUUCUCCCUAUCUAUUCACGCCUUCGCUUCCAUCUUCGUCACUGCAUCCUCCUCUUGAACCUCAAAUACUUCCGGACAUUGACUGGGCUACCAUCUUUUCUGGGCAAUCAGGGGUGUGUGAGAACGGUCUGAUGAUGGAAAGUAGCUGCAUCAUGGCUGAGAAUCGAAGUGAGGAAGAAAAGGGAUAUAAGGAGAAUAAGAGGAAAAGCAGCAGAGUGAAAAAAGCCAGCCGGCCAAGGUUUGCGUUUCAGACUAGGAGUGCUGAUGAUAUCCUUGAUGAUGGUUACAGGUGGAGAAAAUAUGGACAGAAAGCUGUGAAGAAUAGCACAUAUCCCAGGAGCUAUUACCGCUGCACACAUCACACAUGCAACGUUAAAAAGCAGGUGCAGAGGCUAUCAAAAGACACGAGCAUCGUGGUGACAACUUAUGAGGGAAUUCACAACCAUCCCUGUGAGAAAUUAAUGGAAACCCUAACACCUCUUCUCAAGCAAAUGCAAUUCCUUGCUAGGUUCUAAUUAAUUAAUAGUCUCACUCAUUCACUUGUCUGUGCAUUAGUUUUAUAUAUGCUUGAUUACUUUCUUUCUUACCAUGUAAUUUAGUGUGAACUUCUUUGCAAAUGGACCAAUAAGGAAGUUGAGUUUAUCAAUCUAUACAUUUGUAUUUUGUUGCAAA